AUCUAGGCUCGAGUUUUGGACUUUGGUCUCCAAUGGAGAUGAAGCUCAGCCGCGGACCGUGGAUGAGGCGGCAGCUCGCCACCCUAUCUUCACCCUUACAGACCGUUUACUCCUCCUCCGCCUCCUCUCUCUCUCCAAUCCCGCCUAUUUCGCACCCUUUGAAAUCAUCCACAAAUCCACCUUCUCUCACCCAUUCCUCUUCCUAUGGCCGUUCUUUCUCACUGUCGGCCGCCGCCACUCUCCAAUCCUCGCUCUCUCCCACACUUUCAGUGGGCGAAGAGAAUAGCUGCAUACCAGUGAUUGGCUCAAAGGUUCUUUUAAAAGGGAUGAGAUAUCAUGAACUCGAGAAAUGGGUUCAGUCUCAUGGAUUUCGACCUGCUCAGGCGUUGAUGUUGUGGAAACGAUUAUACGGAAACAAUAUUUGGGCUCACGACAUCGAAGAAUUACAAGGUUUGAACAAGGACUUGAAGAGGAUGUUGGGCGAACACGCUGAAUUUAAUGUUUUGCAGUUGAAGGAUAUGCUUACUGCGUCGGACGGAACCAAGAAGAUAUUAUUCACAAUGGAAGAUGGACUUACGAUCGAAACUGUUGUGAUUCCUGGCCCUAGAGGACGCACCACUGUGUGCGUUUCCAGUCAAGUUGGAUGUGCCAUGAACUGCCAGUUUUGCUACACCGGAAGAAUGGGGUUGAAAAGAAAUUUAACUGCUGCUGAGAUAGUUGAGCAGGCUGUUUUGGCGAGGCGGCUGCUUUCGCAUGAAGUCGGCACGAUAACAAAUGUUGUGUUCAUGGGAAUGGGCGAACCACUUCACAACAUCGAGAAUGUGAUAAAAGCUGCAGACAUAAUGGUAGACGAGCAAGGCCUUCAGUUCAGUCCCCGCAAAGUUACGAUUUCUACGAGUGGGCUUGUUCCUCAAAUUAAACGUCUUCUUAAAGAAUCUAACUGUGCUUUAGCUGUCAGUUUAAACGCUACUACAGAUGAGGUUAGAAAUUGGGUGAUGCCAAUUAACCGCAAGUAUAACCUGGGGUUGCUUCUCGGUACACUUCGAGAGGAACUCCAGUUCAAACGCAACUACAAGGUCUUGUUCGAGUAUGUAAUGCUUGCUGGAGUUAAUGACAGUAUCGAAGAUGCUAAACGAUUAAUCGAUCUCGUCCAAGGCAUUCCUUGCAAGAUCAAUCUCAUUUCUUUCAAUCCUCAUAGUGGGUCAAAGUUUAAGUCAACCAGUGAGGAGAAAAUGAUCGAGUUUCGCAAUAUACUAGCUGCAUCAGGGUGUGUCGUUUUCAUGCGAUUUAGCAAAGGAGACGAUCAAAUGGCUGCAUGUGGCCAGCUUGGCAAUCCAGGUGAGGUACAAGCUCCAUUGCUCAAAGUACCUCUUAAAUUUCGAGCUGCACUUGAGGCUUCUUCUGUUUGAAAACUGCAGUUUAUAUAGUAUGAAUGGAAUCUUUUUGGUUCCAUAGAAUAUUCAUUAGAAUACCGACUUUACCCUCGUGGGUAAUUGUAAUAAUAUUAUUUUAUGAGGGAAUAAUCGUAAUAUUAUGUUUCAAUGAAAUAUGAUUGUUUUGUACU